AUGUCUUGCUCAGCAAUAUUUAUACUGGAUUUGAAGGGGAAUGUAAUUAUGUCGCGGAACUAUCGGGGGGAUGUGGAAAUGUCGGUAAUCGACUGGUUUAUGCCGUUAAUGCUGGAAAAGGAGGAUGAUGGGCAAUUGUCUCCUGUUCUAGUAAAAAAUAACAUUAGCUUCGUUUACGUGAAACAUAUGAAUAUAUUUCUUGUGUCAGUAGCACGGAGGAACAUUAAUAUUGGCAUGAUGGUUUCUUUCCUUUAUAAAUGUGUGGAAGUUUUCAGCGAAUAUUUUAAGGAUUUGGAGGAAGAGUCUGUCAGAGAUAACUUUGUGGUGAUUUAUGAGCUGCUAGAUGAGAUGUUGGACUUUGGUUAUCCGCAGACUACAGAAGGUCGCAUAUUGCAGGAAUACAUUACGCAAGAGAGAUAUAUGUUGGAUAUUGCUCCAAGGCCGCCAAUGGCAGUUACCAAUGCAGUUUCUUGGAGAUCAGAUGGUCUAAAGUAUCGAAAAAAUGAAGUUUUCCUGGAUGUCAUAGAAUCUGUCAAUAUGCUUGCAAAUGCGUCCGGGACAGUCUUGCGGAGUGAAAUUGUUGGCUCUAUACGUAUGCGAGUUUUGCUAUCUGGAAUGCCAGAACUAAGGUUAGGAUUAAACGAUAAGGGUGGAGUACUAACUGAUUUAGGAGGCCGAGGCAAGGCUGUAGAAUUGGAGGACGUGAAGUUCCACCAGUGUGUUAGAUUAUCUCGUUUCGAAAAUGACCGCACAAUUAGUUUUGUUCCACCUGAUGGAGAAUUUGAAUUGAUGAGUUAUCGGUUAACAACAACUGUGAAGCCACUUAUUUGGGUUGAAGCUCAUAUGGAACGGUUCGCGCACUCCAGAGUUGAAUAUAUGGUGAAAGCGAAGUCGCAGUUUAAACGCCAGUCAAUUGCAAAUCACGUUGAAGUUAUCAUCCCUGUGCAAAGUGAUGCAGAUUCUCCAAAAUUUAAAACAUCCGUUGGGUCAGUAAAGUAUGUGCCAGAGUUAAGCGCGUUUGUAUGGACUAUACGGAGCUUUCCCGGCGGUAGAGAGUACCUUAUGCGUGCCCACUUCAGCUUGCCGUCGAUCUCUGGUGAAGAAAAUGAGGGUAGACCUCCAAUAAAUGUGAAGUUCGAAAUUCCCUAUUUCACUACCAGUGGCUUACAGGUUCGCUAUUUGAAAAUCAUCGAGAAAAGCGGAUACCAAGCAUUACCGUGGGUACGGUAUGUUACGCAGAAUGGGGAUUACCAAAUAAGGAUGUAA